AUGCUGGCGAAAUCUAGCGGUGCCAAUGUCCCUGGACUGGGAAUAUUCUCAUUAGCCCGAACAAAGCUAGAUCUGGGUGGCAACAGAUUUAUUGCAAUACAAAGACCUGUGUUUCUCUUGUCUGAGACGCUUUCUCGGGCCUAUGGACUGAAACAAUCAAAAACAUACACUUCUGAUGAAUAUCCAGUUGUUCCUCUGAACGUAACGACUCUAUCUUUGGAGACUGCCUUGAAAAAGAAGGUCAUACAAGAUUGCAUAAGGGAGACUGUCCUCUACUUCUACCGCCUGAUGAUUCAUGGACAGCCUGUGAUGUUCCCACUCAGGGGGAUUGGUGUUCUGGGUAUCCAGAACAAAAUCGUGACCAUGACCUUUUGCAGAGAGUUCCUGCAAGCCACGGAUGGGAGUAGGAACCUGGCCGGCGUGCUUCGGAAGGUUCCUUUGCUGAGGCCUGUGGCAGAAGACUCAGUAACUUUCCAACGAGCUACUUCACCCGUUUCAAGAGGGUCAGGUUCAAGGACACUCAUCACUUCUUCCCAUGUGGCCAGACCUCGGAAGUUGCCCAGCCUUGGGUAUAAGGAGGCUGAUAAGCCAGCAGGCCUGGAAACCAUCCAAGCAGAGAAUGAAAUGGCCAACAAAGAAAAACAGCUAACUCCAAGCGGGGAAGAUCGUUAUCAUAAUGCGGACAAGAAAGAAACUCUUCCCAAGGAGCGUCUUCAGUCCCAGCGGAGUCUCGCUCCUGCCGAAGCGGCUAUGCUCGCCUGCAGCGAUUCACUGGAGAAGACCGCAAAGCAAAAAAAUGACUUUGAAAGAUCGAAGACAGCAAAGGGUCAGCGUCCUUCAGAAAAGGAAAUAAGCCGCGAUCCCACUCUCAGAAUGGCAUCCUCUCCCUGUAAGAGCCAGGUCACAGCACGAGAGGAACCAUGCUCCCUGUGCUGGAAGUAUCUGAGGAAGAGGUUUUCAGAGAAGGGGAGCACAGAGGAGGAGGACAGGGACAUCGUUGUUCAGAAAUUUCAAGAUAUGAAUCUCUUAGAGGCCGUGCUUCGGGACCAGAUGGAAAUCAUACAGGACAGAAAGCACAGGAAAACCCUUUCUUCCUGUAGUGUGACAGCUGCCCAUCAAAAAAGGAAGGAAAAUGAAAAGCCCAGAAAACGGCAUCGAUCUGGCAUUGCUAGACUAAGGAUACCAAGUCCUCUUCCCUGGCUUACAGAAAAAGAUCGAUGGCAGCAAAUAACAGAGAAGAGAGAGAAAGAAAUGUCUUUAAGACUCAAGAAAGUGUUCAUCGCUCACUUGGAUCAAGUACGGCUGGCAGAAGAAGUUGCUGCCCAAAAUGUGAAAUAUCUAAGAAAAAUAAAAGAAGACCAGGAGAGUUAUAAGACAGCCUUGGACAACCAGGUAAGGAGGGAACUUGAGUGGUUGCCAGGCCCUCAAUUUGGCCAACUGAACCUCAUCCUGAGGAAGAACGCCAUUGCCAACAAGAAGCUGGUAGAGAGAAGACGCUGGGACCAGGAGUUUUCUGCACGCCUGAAGUUGGCUGUCAAUAUGAGAAAGCAGAAGGCCAUCGCCUUGUGCCAGGUUCAAGAGCAUAAAGAAAAGGUCUUACGGUGGGAAGCCAGGCGGAAGGUUGUUGCCCCCAGUACAAGAAGUCUAAGGGACAAAAAAGAAGGAAAGGAGAGGGGUAAGGCAGCCUUGGAUGACCAGAUAAAGAGUGAACCCGAGCAGCUGCCAAUCUCUGAGAUGGACACAUCGAGCCUUGCCUAUAAGAGAAGUGCCAUCUACAGCCAGGAUCUGGCAGAGGAAAAACUGCAGUACGAGGAGUAUGUCGAGUUUUCUCCGCUUGCUGCAGAGGAGGGAAAGCAGGUGGAGAUCAUCAGGAGCCAGGAUGAGCAGCAGAGAGAAAAGUUCCCAUUGCUGGAAAUCAAGAAGAGGAUUGAAAGAGCUCGGCAGAUUUUAGAUCCAGUGGACAGCUGGGAAAACAGCGCAAAGUUUAAGAAGCAGAGGACUUUUGAGAAGAAACUGCUUGAACGCUACAUCUCCGAUGAAAAGCUUGCAGAGAAAAGACAGCAGGACCAAGCAAUGGAGCGCCUGAAGCUUGCACAAUAUAGGCAAAACCAGAAGAUCGUCCUUCUGGCCCAGCUCGUGCAGCAGAGAAGCAGUUUCUUUGCACAGAUACCCAAGAAUAUGCCGCUUUGGGAUGCAGACAUGUAUUUUGUGUUGGAGCCUUCGGAGGAUCGCAAAACCCAUCCGCCGGACGUUACAAAGGCUGUUGGCAGAGACGCGCAAGCAACUGCAGGGAGUCUGGUAUUUGGCCAGACUCGAGCUGCGUUAGAGGAGACAGAACAUCUUUUGGGGAAGCCCCCUCAGGAUAUGGGGGACAGGGCCCAGUGAAAUGUCCUCCUGCCCCUUUGAUGCUGCCAGGCCCUCCCUUAUGGCCUUGCGGUCCUGCCCCUCCUGCCCCCAGACGUCCCAUCUCCCAGUGGCUGCUACUUCAAGUCUUGCCCCACCUCCUCCAAGGCCUUCCAGCAGUCCCGCUUUUUAAGGGUUCAUAAUUA